CACCACUCUACAAUCAUGCUGCCGUGAAGACAUAAGUUCUCGCGAUAAGCCUUAGACUUACAAGUCGCGGUCGCUUGACGGGGGAAGCGCCAGAACGCGGUGCCAACAAAACAGACCGAUACCUCAACCUCAACCACAUCAACUACAACUACAACUGCAACUACUGCAACAACUACAACUACAACUGCAACUACAACUACACCUACAACUGCAGCUACUAUGAGAAAAGUUUGUUUGUGUUUGUUUCUUGUCCUCACGGGUCUGCUUGGCUCAGGACACAGCCGAAAUGUCUUGCAGACGACCGCCCAAGACGCCGGGCAUACAGCAGAGUCUGUUGUCCAACAAGAUGAGCCCGCCCAGAGAGCCGCGGGUGUCACUUUCGCCUUGGCCAAACACUUCCAGGACAACAUGGUGUUACAGAGAGCCCCAGAGCGAGCCAACAUCUACGGCUUUUCUCCCGAUAUCGGAAAGAAAAUCAUCGCACAAAUGAAUACCCCAUCGAAGCAGUACGACUACACGACGGUGGUCACAGCGGGCUCUACAGCUGGCGUCGGUGUAUGGAAGAUAACUCUUGAUCCACUCAACGCCGGCGUCACUGUCACCAUCAAAGUUGUAUCCGACCGCGGCACCUUGAAUCUGAAAAAUGUCAUUUUUGGUGACGUGUGGAUAUGUAGUGGCCAAUCCAACAUGCAGUUCACUGUACCUCAGAUGAUCGGAGCAGACAAGGAACUCGCUGACGCCCACAACUACCCCAACAUUCGUCUGAUGUCCGUGUCCUUGAAAAAGUCCACCACCCCACUCGAUGACCUGAUCUACAUUGACGAGGCCUGGACACCCCCAAACAAUGCAAUUUGGAUUCCGACGAGAAGAGCCGGUCCCGUCGUCAAGACUACCCUCAGGCUAACUCCAUUCUGUGGAACUCCAUGAUCCACCCUCUCCUGGGGAUGACCAUACGUGGAGCCAUCUGCUGGCUCCCUUCAACCGCCACCCCCCGGUAAUCACCGUGGGGUACCCAGACAUCCGCUGGCACCAGACAGCUGACUACGGCUACGUGCCCAAUCCCAAGAUGCCUAAAGUGUUCAUGGCCGUGGCACUGGAUCUGCCUCAUUUCAACUCCACCUACGGCGCCAUCCACCCCAUGCACAAACUGGAUGUGGGAGCCCGCCUGGCGCUGGGUGGUCUAGCCGUGGCUUACAACCAGAAGGUGGUCUACCAGGGCCCGUUCCCCAAGUCAGGCUACUUCUCUUCCCUCGGCUAUGUGCUGGACUACGGAUCUACCUGGACACUGGACGUGCGCAGUCAAGAUUUAUUCGAGUUCUUCUGUGAGCCCAAAAACGGCGGUGCUGGGAAAUGGGUGGCCACCUGGCGGACAGCUCUCAACUCGACAAGCAUCACCUUCGACACUAAAGUCUGUGGCGGUGACCAGAGGAUCAGGGGCUUGCGCUACGACUGGCUGACUACGCCGUGUUACUUCAAGAAGUGUGCCGUCUAUUCCACCGUCAACAGCCUCCCCGCCCCUCCCUUUGUCUUCAAGGCCAAUCCGGGAGAGAACGAAGUGAAGUUUUCUGGACCUUUCGGAGACGGUCGUCUGGAGUUUUAACUUCACCCUCGGUCCUUUCUCUCUCUUUAAAAAAAAAUCCCAGUUUUCAGGAUGCUUAUUUUUUCUUGUGAAAUGAAAUGGUAUAGGUU